UGGAAUUAUUAUUACGAAAGUCCGCCACAUCCUGGAAACGUAAAUUCCCUGGUAAAAGUAUGGGAAUAUCGGAAAAAUGCUAUCGUUUUUGAAUGCUUCUUACUCUGUGCAGGUAAAAAAAAUGGUAGGCACAAAGGAUUCGCCGAGAUUUCCAGAUGGCCGAGAGGAGGUAACAAAAUAAAAACAAAAUCGUGGAAGAAGAUGGGCCCUUGAGGGCGGCGAGACGAAGAGCAAGAAGAAUGAAGUGGUAGCGGGGAAGGAAGAGGGGGAGGAGGAGGUGACGGAUGCGAGCCCUUUCCGAAGAAAGCAGGUAGUAGUAGUCUUAGGUAGAAAGAAGUCGGGCCAAAGAAGAAGUGAGGAAGGAGUGCGUCGUUAUCGACGGCAGUGGAGCGCUCAACUGGAUGCAUAAUACGGAAUUACGACCAUGUAAUAGAUAUUAUGUGUCGUCCACUAAUUAAUUUGAUAAUUGUAACGUUUAAGAGUCGAUGUGUGUGUGCGAGUGCGUCUGGUGUGCGGGAGGAAUGAAUUUACAACACCACAUGUUCCAAUUGAAACUUGGGCAUCUGAGUUAUUUUUAGAAGCCGUAUCGCUCCCGAGGGCGCGACUGAAGAGUGAAGAGCAACACGAACAUAUCUUUGCUUAUUACCAUCACCAGAAGUAUCAACAUCAUCAACUACCGUUGUCAGGAACGAAAGGGGGAAAAAAUAAGGAAGCGCGCUGCUCCAAUUUUGACGGUCCAUCUAGCAGCUAUGAGCUUCAUCAACAAUCAUCAGCAUCAACAAUCGAACAUCAUAGAUAAAUAUUAGUAGUAGUACCUGAUAGUGUAGAUAGUGAAAUAUCAAGGAAAGUGCUUUUGUGCGAAGUUUCCGUGGCCCUUUCCCACUCUCUCGUUAUUCCCCAAUCGCCCAAAUCUAUCGCUGCAAGAGUGUGUGUGUGUCCCUCUCCCCCACACAAACCGAUCAACUUGCGGGGACAAUUGGAUUAUCCACAUGAGGAUGUGAGAGAUUGCAUAUAUAUAUAUAUUUGUGUGUGAGUGUGCGUGCGUAUGGCGAAAAGUUUCAAAUAAAUACAAAGACCGCGAUUAUACGCGAAUGUAUAUUAUGCUGUUUUAUCGUAGUCGCACAUCCUGCUGUAAUCAAUGCGCGUUUCCUCGGAAUGCCUUUUCCAAUCCGUGACUGAUUCCAAAAUAAUACGAGUUUAAUAAAAGUGCUGGUCCCGUCGCCAACAGACAAUAAUGCUCUGCCGCCUUUUUUUCGCGAUAUUCUUCGUGUGCGCCGCCUCCGACAUCGUCGACAUCGUUAAAACCGAUACCAGCACAAGUACAAGCACGAGCACCGACGUCUACACCUCUUCCACCUCCGAGACUGCUGCCUCAUCAACUGCUGACCCAAUCACAAAGAACAACUGCAAGUGCAACAAGUGUCAUCCGGAAUUCGAAGACUUCGCCAUCGAAUACCCCGAGAACACAUCCCAACAAAUCCAUUUCAAAUGGAAACCCUUCGAUGAAAAUGAAAAAGAUUGCAUCUAUUCGUGUAAUUUAGAUUUUUCCAGCAAUUCUUCAAUUAUAUACAGGCACAUCGGAAAUAGCAAUAAGGGUUACAACAGCAGCGAAGAGUUCAAGAACUGCGUUGAAUAUGAUGGAAAAUUUGAAUGUUUCAACGUUCAUUCCAACUUCAAAACGAUCCAAAAAUUUUUAGUAGAUUUCAACGAACCGCGCAAUUUGACGUUGGACGUGCAGGACGAUUCCAGGAUACUGAUAUCGUGGGACUUAUCUGGAAGAUGCAACAACUUCAAUUUGCACGUGGGUGGAAGCGUUGAGAACGUUUCCGGCAAAUCUUUUGUAAUUCCUGAUGGCUUCUGCAAGGAUAUCGGAUUGGCAGCACCUCGGAAGGGCGCCGUACCGCGCCUCUUCUUCUCAGUACCGGGAAUGGUUCAAAAUGCAUCUGCAAUACUCUCCUACGAUUUGGCCUCUUUGACUUGGAUUCCACCGGAGAUGGGCGAUUGCAUAGUUGGUUAUGUGAUUAGAAUAGGUGAUCUUGAAGAAGUGGUAGUUGAAAAUGUUACCAGUGUAGAGUUGAAGGUACAUUUGGAGUCUUGCACUGAAUACAACGUGAAGAUUGCGGCUAAAUCAGAUACACACAUUGGUCAAUUUUUUGAAAUCCAAGCUACAACAAUCGGAAAAGAUAUCGAUAGAAACUUAACUCUGGAAGUUUUGGAUGAAAUGAAGAUCAAGGUAUCAUGGGAUCUGCUUGAUAAUUGCAGAGAUUUCAGUUUGCACGUAGACGAUAAAGUUAUUGAUAUUUUCAACAACGAAACGAUUAUAGAAAACGCCUUCUGCCAAACAAUAGGUCUUUCACCUCGGAAUGUCGAAAAAUUUGAACAUUAUCGUUCAGUUCCUAACAUUAUCCAAAAACUAGAUAUUAUCCCAUCGAACAAUUUUUUGAAAGCAAAAUGGAAAGCGCCCAUAAAAAAUGAUUGCGUCAUUGGAUACACCCUUCAAAUUAAUCAGAAGGCAACUAUUGAUGUAGAUAAUAUUUUAACAUAUACUUUCGAAAAUUUAGAACCGUGUACUAGUUACACAAUAAAAGUAGCUGCAAAAUCCAAAACUGAUUUUGGAAAUUUUGUGAUUCAAGACAGAAUGACUUUGGAAGAGGAUGCACCAAAACCCACAUGCGAAGUUAUUGAAGUGAGAAAAACGGAAGUUGAUGUUCAAUGCAAUAUUGUGCAAAGUCAUAGCCCAAGAUGUUCUUUUAACAAAGUGAAAAUUUACUGCGAAGCUAAUGAAAAAUUGGAAUGGACCAUAUGGAAUACAACUAAUAUCUUCGACUUGAAAGAUCUCAUGACAAUUGGAAAUUUAUCCGAAUUUACCAAUUACUCUUGCAAAGCGUACGUGUUAAACUCCGAAGAUCUUGAAGGAAAAGAAUAUGACAAAUUCGAGUUCACCACACUCCAAGAAGUUCCAAGUAAGCCUCGGGAUUUUGAGUUACAGGAUGUACAUUCUUAUAACUUUACGUUAACUUGGAAAGAACCCGAGAAAAUGCCUUCGAUUCCUACGGGAUACGACUUAUUUUUGGAAAAUUUCCCGAAUUACUUCAUUCCCGAUGAAUGUAAAAGAUCUGCAAAUAAGUCGAACGAGCAAAUUGAGUACAAGAUUCAGAGCAAGACAAUACCCAGUAAUCCGUAUCAUUCAUACACAGCAAAGAUUCGCGCUCUUAGUUCAAUAGGACCAGGCGAUUAUUCGGAGCAGAAGUUCUCAACUAACAUUUUUAAACCCGAACAGCCGAGAAAUUUUGAACAUGUUCUGUCGAACGAUUUUGGGAGAAUCUACAAUGUGUCGAUUGAUGCUCGUUGGAAGUAUCCCUGCAAUACUUUUGGGACUUUCUCGCAUUUUCAAAUCUACAUUUCGUGGUCGAUUGAGGGCAACAGUAAAGUUGAGAUGGUUUCAGACGAAGUGCUUGCGAACGAAGAUAUGAGCAAUAUCGAUUACAGUUAUGUUUAUGAAGAUGUGCAGCCCCAAAAGAACUAUAUUGUCAGUGUUAGGACAGUGUUGAAAGAAAAUAGUUAUGUCAGUGAAGAAGUGCAAAUUUCGUUCCCCUCACCAGAUGGAUAUCCCAGCGAACCGAUUUUGAAGCCGUUCGUUGAUUUGAGCAACACUAGUUUUUCAGUUGAUUGGAAUCCACCUUUACACAUGAAUGGGGAAUUCCAAAAUUACAACGUAUCCAUUGGAUAUUUGGGUGCUAUACAUGACACGUCCACAGAUUGCGAGGUUGAAGCGCAAGUGUUAUACAUAUACUCGACGACGGAUCAGAGCUACGAGUUCGUAGAUACAAACCCCAAUCAUCGUUACAAUGUUAGCGUUGUAGCAAGUACAAGAGCUGGAGGAAAGUUCGCAGCGUCCAAAAUUCACGAAACGGCUAAGACGCAAGCAGGCCCGGUGCAGGAUUUGAAUACGGAAAUAAUGUUAUCCAAAGAUCAGGAGAAAUACAUCUGUCAUGUGCAGAUCACAUUCAAGCCGCCUUGCUCAAUGAAUAGCCAGUUCCGAUCGUAUCGAGUUCAGCUUUUAGAAGAUGGUAUUGUAAACGCUACAAGUGAUGAAAAUGAAUUAAGCUACUCGUUUCCACUGGAACCAUCGAAGGAUUACGUUGUUGUGGUGCAUACUAUUACUGAGUACGGGGAUGGUGUCAAGGAAGAAUAUGCUUUUCAAUCUCCGGCCGGUGUACCGAAGGUGAAGAGCAAUCAAUUCAUACUUCAAAAUGUGAAUUACACUACGGCUUCUAUUGUGAUGCAUAAGGAACUUUUCGAUGAUGAUAAUGGAGAUAUCUUGUACUACUCAAUCUUGGUAACGGGACAUGAUCAAAUUGAUAAUACCACUAAUUCCUACGGUUAUUGGAAUGGCGAAGUUUUACCCAAUUUUCCCCAUUGGAGCGAAAAGACGGAGGCCAUAGAAAAGUACCAAGCAACACCCCAAAAAUGGAAUCCUUUUUCAGGCAAUAAAACAUACGUGUUAUAUGAGUUAGGUACGGAAAAUUGCUCAGAUGAUGAUGGAUUUUGUAAUGGUCCUCUCGUGCCUGCAACCGCUUAUUUCGUGGAAAUCAGAGGAUACACAGCUAACGCAUAUAAAACUACUAAAGCCAUGUACUUCGAAACAGAUUAUGAACGAGCGUUGGGCGUUGCGGCAAUAUUGGGAAUUGUACUUGCUGUACUGGCUGUUGUUAUUUUGGCGGGAGGCGGCGGGUUUUACGUGUGGCGCAAGAGGAGGGUGGAACUGCACGUGGAGACGGAGAUUGGCGAUGAAUCUAUAGUGCAUAUACCUGUGGUGAGCAAUAAAUUCCCAGACUACUACGUUGAGCUCCAGAGGAACCCCAACAUACUUAAGCAGGAAUUCCUAACCCUCAACACCACCAGCGCCGAACUCGUUCUACUCACAAAUGUGGCUUCACUGCCAGAGAACAAGAAGAAAAAUCGAUAUACCAACAUACUACCUUUUGACGAUACUAGAGUUAUUCUGAGAUGCACGGAUAGCGACUACAUAAACGCUUCAUUUGUCAAAGGUAUAUCGGAUACACCAGAGUACAUAGCAACGCAAGGUCCUUUGGAGGGCACUUUGUAUGAUUUCUGGAAGAUGGUUCUUGAGCAGAACGCAACGGUAAUCGUGAUGUUGGCGCAAUUCUAUGAACAGAAACGGGAGAAAUGUUACAAAUAUUUCCCGAACGAUCACGAGCAAAUGGAAAUCGAAGAUAUCCAAAUCCGGUGCUCCACCGAGCUGAAUUACGGCUUCUACCGCGAGCGUCACAUACUAGUGCAAACUGAUUCAAAGAAGCUGAACGUGAUACAUCUGCAAUUCAUGAACUGGCCAGAUUUCGGAUGUCCGAGCGGCACCGAAAACAUGCUCAACUUCUGUCUGUUAGUCAGGAAGUUCAUCGACGAAUAUAACACAAAAGCUAUCAUGCAUUGCAGCGCCGGAGUUGGACGGACCGGAACGUUGAUUGCCAUCGACAUACUAUUACAAACUAUUGCAUGUAACGGCGAUUUGGACAUCUUCAACACAGUUUUGAAUUUAAGAAAACAGAGGAAAAAUAUGGUCCAAACUGAAGCUCAAUAUAUGUAUAUACAUACCUGCAUAAACGAUGCCAUUUUAAAUCCGCCACAAUUGAAAGAGAUUAAAGCGACGGAGCCGAUCUACGAAAAUGUCAAAGACAAUUUAAUUCAGCUGAAAGUGCUCAAGAGUGACAGUAACGAGAACAUUGAAAUGGAGGCAUAACAAGACUCUUCCACACUUCGACCAAUCUAGUCAGACAACGAUGAUUAUAAUUAUAAGAGACUGAAUAACUCUUGCCUUAAAUCAAAUCCAAAUAAUAAUAUUAUAAAUAUGUAUAUAAAAUAUGUAAAAAAUAUUGUAC